AUGUUUUCCUUCACAGAAGAUUUAAGUGAUCUUCAGGAAUCAGCAGAUCCACAAGAAGAAUCAAGUCACAGACCUGUGGACACAGACAAGAUGGCUCUGUUAACAGGAAACGUGAGCUACUGGAAUCAUCUCCAGCUCAAGGCUCCAAUGGUAGAUGUCUAUGAAUUGACCAGUUUGCUAAGGCAGCUGGAUUUCAAAGUUGUUUCUUUGCUGGAUCUUUCUGAGUCUGAGAUUGAAUUUUUACUUCUCCUGGAUGAAGGAGUUUAUGAUUUGUUAUACUAUGCUGGCCAUGGCUAGGAAAACGAUGGGAACCGUUUCAUGGAUCCUACUGAUGCCCUGAACCCCUACUGCUCAGCAAACUGCCUGUGUGUGCAGAACAUCCUGCGGCUGAUGCAGGAGAAGCAGACAGAACUCAACAUGUUCCUGCUGGAUAUGUGUCGCAAAAGAAAUGAAUAUGGUGACACAAUUCUUAUCUUGGAUGCUCUGAAGGUUACAGCCAACAUUGUUUUUGGAUAUGCAACGUGCCAAGGAGCAGAAGCUUUUGAAAUUCAGCAGUUGGGGUUGGUCAAUGGAAUCUUCAUGAAGUUCCUGAAGGACCAUUUGUUAAAAGACAAGAAGGUCACUGUUCUGCUUGAUGAGGUUGCAGAAGUUGAGCUCCAGCUUACUGCACUAAUAGUCUCCUCAGUCUGCAUUACUGAAAACAAUUUUGCUUCCAUGUCCUUCCUCUCAUGGUGAAUGUAUAUGGGAAAAUGUCCCCUUACCAAAGGCAAGCAAGCCCUGUAGAUCCACAGCAGCUUGUCAGAGAAAAGGGCAUUAACUGAUCCUGUUCAACAAAGCACAUCUUCUGCAGAGUCCCUGGCAUGGAACCUGCAGUGGGCCAAAGCUCAUGAGCUUCCAGAAAGUAUGUCCCUUGAAUUCCAGUGUGGUGUUCAGAUUCAGUUGGGGUUUCCAGCCGAGUUCUCCAAUGUCAUGAUAAUCUAUAUACAAAUAGUUAAGAAGCCCCCUGAAAUCAUAGCUUGCAGAGCCCACAUCACAGACUUCCUACUCGACUUGGAUGUAGAUCAUAAAGAGGCAAAUAAAGAAACUCCUGAGGAAACUGGAAGCUAUUUAGUAUCAAAGGACCUUCCCAAACACUGCCUCUACACCAGGCUGAGUUUACUGCAAAAACUAAGGGAACAUUUAAUCUUCACUGUUUGCUUGUACUAUGAGUAUACAGGAAUAGAAGAUACAAUGGAGGAAAGAAAGGAAAUUAAUGUUGGAAAGCCCCUUAUUGAUAAAUUAGGCCUUCACCAUGGAUUCAAAACCAAGAAAUGUCCCUGGACCUGUUGCAUGCCUGGUUAUCCUUUUCAUAAUCCAGUAGAAUUGAGUCCAGAAGCAGCUGAAUACUACAUCCCUACUCAUUGCCAACCCAAUUCCUGUCCAGGUGUUUACCAUCCAAACUGUUCUUGCUCAACCAGCAUCACACAACCAGAGGCAUGUUCCUGCAAUGGAACUUCCAGGAUAUUGGCUUCAAGACAUGAAGUACAGCAUUAUUCACCCACUGUGGAAAAGAGUAAUGUACCAGUAGAGACCACUGAUGAUACUGUUGAACUGGAAUUCUUCCUCUCUGACAGCCUUAGCUUCUCUGAACAGCAAUAGGUGGGAUGUGUUUGGAAUAGACCAGUGUGGCAUCC